GACUACAUUGUCACACUCCUGUGGCCAUCCAUCGUACCAGCGACACGCCUGCUCUCGUACGAGGGAGUGAGGACGAGGAUGAUGGAUAUUAUAUACCACGAGGUUGCAGCACUCAUCGCCCCCAAGAAGGCAAAGUGGAAGGACACCGGUUGCACCUUGACGACUGAUGGUGCCACUGACCAGCGCAACAAGCCGAUAAUGAACUUCAUCGCAGCAGGCCAGUCAGGGCCAAUCCUUAUUCGCACCAUCGAUAUGUCAGCUCGAGACAAGACAGGCGUGAGUUUAGCCGAGAUAUGGGAGGGGGUGAUACGAGAUGACGUAGGGGUGGAGAGUGUGAACGCCAUCUGCACAGACAACGAAGAGGUUAUGAAGGCGGCAGCGAGUACUCUACAGGACCACCCAGACCCUGCCAUUGCACGGAUCCCUUGCGCGGCGCAUUGCUUGAGCUUGCUGCUUAGAGACAUUGCGGCACAGCCAUGGGCCGCUGAAGUGAUGAAGAGAGCGGAUAAGAUCAUCAAGUUCAUGCGGAACAAGCAAAAGGCGCUCCAUAUUCAUCGAACCGCGAAAGGGGCCUUGGACCUGACACGCCCGGCUGACACACGGUUCGGAACUGCAUAUAUGAUGCAGGAGAGGCUAUAUGAGCAGAGGAUGGUGCUUGAUGGGGUCGUGUCCUCUGAUCGGUGGAGAGAUGCACGAUGGGCAGGAGACGUGCGAGUGGACGAGCCGGAGGUACGCAGACUUUGCAGAUCAGACUGGUGGUGGCAGCAGGUCAAGAAAGUGAUGGACGUGAUGGAGCCCUGCUACACCUUCUUGAGGGCCAUGGACUUCGACGGUUCAUCACCCCCAGGGUUGUGGGAUUUGGAGUCCAUGUUGCGGAGGAGAAUUGAUGUAUUGGGCCUGCGGGAGGAUGAGAGGAAGGUGGUCUUCGACAUAGUGGCAGACAGAUGUGCGAUGAUGCGGCAGGCGGCACACGCAGCAGCUUACUUGUUGGAUCCUCGUCAACGUGACAUCUCUUUGUUGUCUGAUCGCAGCUCACCCGCCGUGCAAAGUACACUUGAUCAUUUCUCUCGUAUGUUGGGUGGAGGUUGGGAGUCAAAGGCGCUGGGAGACUUGUGGGAGGAUUUAUGGACCUUCCAUAGUGAUGAUCCUCGGUAUUGGCCGGUGGACGGUCCUCAUUGGUGGGACGAGGUUGCUGUUCGAAACGCUGCCAGCAAGACGAUGCACCCAGCAUUGUGGUGGCAGCUUCAAGGAGGCGGUCACCCGAGGUUGCAGGCAAUAGCAAAGAAGGUGCUCGGCAUGUGGUCCACAGCGAGUCCUUGUGAACGCAAUUGGGCCACUCAUGAUUUCAUUCACACAAAGAGGCGCAACAACCUCUCCGCCGCGAGUGUGGAGAAGCUCGUGUUCAUUCAUUGGAACAUGCAGCUUCUCAGCGCUAGCAGAAGGCCUGAGAGUCGCUACAUCGACAUGUGGGCCGACAUGGUUGAGGAUCCCCCGAGGACGUGGACGAUGGAGUGUCUUGCCUGUCGAUCGGACGAGGAGGAGUGGGAGGCAGCCGCUCGAGCAAACCGUCAUAACGACGGUCGUGAUCGCAUCACAUCUGCAUCUCGCUAUGUCGACGAUCAUUAUGAGCCUGGCCCUUGGGCGGAUGCCGUGUGGAUGCAUCGUGAGAUGGCGGAGCACAUGCAGCAAGAGAGGGACAAAGGGAAGACCCUUGCCGAGGACCAGCAUGAUGUCCUCGAUGACUGGGCGGGGCUAGACCCUCAUGAGGACUUCGACGCAUACGUGGCCGGCACUUUCCGCACACUGAGGACCCUACGGGAGAGGGUGGGAGGUCAGACCGAUGUUGAGGGGUUGUUGGCCAGUGAGGAUGCUGAGCAGGACAUAGAUCGCUCCUAUGACGGCGUUCAUGGAUCGAUACCACUACGAGAGGCAAGGGCGACAGGGUCCACACAAGGCUCCGCUUCUCAAACCUAUGAUCGUGCCGAGUCAUCUCAUCAAGGGGCAACGGUGAUUGGCAAGACCACAAUCGUAGAGGCGCAUGCCUGUGCAGGGACAGCGUCCGGCAGUGCCAUUGACCAUGAGCGUCGAAGCGAGGGAUCUCAAAGUGCAGGUGUUCAGCAUGGGUCGGAGCAGAGGGCGGAGCAGAGGACAGAGCAAAGGGUGCACCAGACGAUCGACCAGAGUGUGGUCGACAGGCCGCAACAGAGGACGGAGGACACCAACACGGUGGAGCAGGUGGCAAAGCAGGUCGCUGAUCAUCCGAGGGCGACACAAACUGUGGUGCAAACAGUGCAUCAAAGGGUGGACUGCGCCGUCGAUGACACAGUUCAAGAAAGGCGAGAGGAGGGUGCACAGUCAACGUUGGAGCAGAGUGUUCAGCAGACGGUCGGGGACGGUGCAUACCACAAAGCGGGUCGGAGCGUGGAGCCGAGGGUCGGGGAUGCCGUUACACCAACGGUGGAGCAGAGGGCCGAGCAGAGACUGGGAGACAGGGUGGAGGCAUCGGUGGAGCAGAGGACAGAGCAAAGGGCACACAUGUCUAGAGAUUGUAGACUGGAGCAGAGGGCUGAGCAGAGGCUCCACGUCAGGGUGGAUGUCUGUGUGGAUCAACGAUUGGGCCACGACAGGGUGGUUGAAAGGGUGGGUGAGAGCGUGCUGCAUGAUGUGGGUGGUGUGAUGGCGGAGGAGAGGACUAAGGAGAGGGGCAGGGUUAACCCGCAAGAGAGCAUUACACCAGAGACCACAUUGAGUCGAGGCUCUUUUAUGGGAUUCCCCCGUUGCCCCCUCGUGGUGCACAAUCCUCUAUACGGCUUGAUGUUGGCGCACAUGUCGGGGAGCCACCACAGCGCCAGCGAGAAGGGGAGAUAGCCUCUAGUGGAGGCAGGGGCGCAUUGGACACCGUGUCCAGUCAUGAAAGGCAGGGUGGGAUACACAGCUCCAUCUUGACGA